AAAAAAAAACAUUAAAAUAAUGGUUAAAGCUGUCUGUGUAAUUAAUGGCGAUGCCAAGGGCACCGUUUUCUUUGAGCAGGAGACCAGCGAGGCUCCCGUGAAAGUCACCGGCGAGGUGCUGGGCCUUGCCAAGGGACUGCACGGAUUCCAUGUGCACGAGUUCGGGGACAACACCAACGGCUGCAUGUCGUCCGGCCCCCACUUUAACCCCCGGAACAAGGAGCACGGUGCCCCCACCGACGAGAACCGCCACUUGGGCGACUUGGGCAACAUCCAGGCGGCCGGUGACAGCCCCACGGCCGUCAGCAUCACCGACUCGAAGAUCACGCUGUUCGGUGCCGACAGCAUCAUAGGACGCACCGUGGUCGUUCACGCCGACGCUGAUGACUUGGGCAAGGGUGGUCACGAGCUAAGCAAGACCACCGGCAAUGCCGGCGCCCGUAUUGGCUGCGGUGUCAUUGGAAUUGCCAAAAUCUAAGCGGGAGGCAGUCAACGAUACUAGAAACUAAUACAUAUAUAAUAUGGUAACGAUUACGCAGUAAAAUCGGGUUACCUUCCUUCGCACUAUAUAUUGGAAAACGACAUAUGAAAUGAUAUACUUUGGCCUGUGGUCUGUUAAGUUACUUCUAUCCACUACCUUUGAGGUUCAAUAAAACGGUGUUUUCAAAUUAACCAAUAAUCAACUAAACGAA